AUGAGCCUCAAGCGGACAGUGAGGCGGAUUACUGUCAUGUUGUUGUCUUUCUCCCACCUCCUCCUUCUUCUUCUUGUUGAGGAUAGAAGUGAAAGACGGGCUAAUGCACUUCGAAGGAAACGGGAUCUCCUCUGGGAUGACACGUACAAACCGCUCCAUGCUGACGAGACUCUGUCACGCAGUGUCUUGCACAACUAUACAGCCAGAGACUCCUCGUCAGAAUAUUGCAGCUGUCUCAAUGGCGGCUGGUGUCAGGACGAUGGCGUGUGUGAUUGUACCCAGUUCCAGGCGCUGGGAGACCGCUGUCAAAUUGUACCAAACCAGGGUCAAGACAGAGACGGGAUCUGCAGGUCCUGGGGUCAGCACCACUAUGAGACCUUUGAUGGGAUCUACUUUUACUUUCCUGGGACGUGUUCCUAUAUCCUGGCACAGGACUGCCACUCUGCAACGCCGCAGUAUACUGUGUGGGUGCACAACAGCCGAGUGUGUGACGACAGUGUGUAUACAUGUCCAAGAGCUCUUAGCCUGCUUUUCCCAAAUGAAGAAGAGAUCCACAUAUCCGGAUACUAUGUCCACCAGGGAGGACGCAGACUCAGCCUGCCUCACACUAUCGGUGGCGUUUUUAUUGAGCGGCUGGCCGAUUACAUCUUGGUGAAGAGUGUUUUUGGCUUCUCACUGGCCUGGGAUGGAGGCUCGGGGAUCUACCUGAAGAUGAGCGAGGAGCACCGGGGAUCCCCCUGUGGCUUGUGUGGAAAUUUCAACCACAUUGCGGGUGAUGACCUCACCACCGCCCGCGGCAUACGGACCGAUGAGCCCGCAGUGUUUGCUAACAGCUGGGCAGUCGACCUGCCUCACGAACGAGCCUGUCCCUCAGUGGACGUCGACUUCAGUGGCCCGUGUGACUCUGAAUCAGACAUAGACGAUGCCAUCGAGAAAUGCAGCGCUCUCCUUUUCUUCCCGUUUCUGUCCUGUCACGAGAAUAUUGAUCCCAAUCCAUUUGUGGCCAGCUGUGUGUCUGACCUCUGUGUAGCUGAUGAUGAGGAGACAUUUUGCAGGGCCUUGGUGGAGUACACCCGGGCCUGCUCUCAUGUGGGAUACCCAGUGAGGGAGUGGAGAGAUAGCUUUCCCUCUUGCAAUGAUGGCUGCGAAGAGAGCUUCGUGUAUAGAGACUGUAUCAGUUGCUGCCCUCCCACCUGCACCUUUGAAAAAGAGUGCCUCGGAACCAACCUGCAUUGCCUGGACGGCUGCUAUUGUCCUGAUGGGCUCAUUCUACAAAAUGGAACAUGCAUUGCUGUUUCUCAGUGCCCGUGCGUUUACCACGGUUCGUCGUACGUGCACGGACACGUGCUUAGACAAGGCUGCAAUACAUGUAUCUGCAUGGGAGGCGUAUGGAACUGCACCGAAAACAAUUGCACCGCCGAGUGUUCGGUGAUGGGCGACGUGUUUGUGACCACUUUCGACGGGAGGAUGUUUCUCCAACCGGGCGCAUGCCAGUACGUCCUGGCAAAGAGCCGCGGGAGCAGCAAAUUUACCGUCACGCUGCAAUACACGACCUGCACUGAGAAGCAGGUGUGUAUUCAGUCGGUGACGCUGGUACUGGAGGAGGACGUCGGUCGUCAGAUCACUCUGACCAGAGAAGGAGGAGUGAUGAUUGGCGUCAACUCGGCACCCGUCUUGCCUUAUAUCGAUGACGCAAUAGACGUGCGCAAGCUGACCUCGGUGUUCACCCAACUGAAGGCACGGGUGGGGUUGAGGCUGCAUUACGAUGGCCGAGGUGGGCGAGUCCAUCUGCUGCUAGACAGCCGCUGGCGUGGAUCGACGCUCGGACUCUGCGGGACCUUGAAUGGAAAUCUUCGAGAUGACUUCCUGUCUCCCGCUGGUAUGAUUGAGGGUACGCCACAGCUUCAUGCAAACGCUUGGAAGGUCUCUUCAGCUUGCGUUGCGCCGGUUAACCUGCCCAUUGUUGAUCCGUGCGAGGUGAACCUACAGAAUGUAUUUUAUGCUACCCAAUGUGAGGUGCUCCUGGGGAGUGUGUUCACCCCGUGUCACAGCUACAUUGGUCCAAACGUCUACCGGCAGCAAUGUCGCUACCAGGCCUGCCGCUGCGGGAGCACUUGUCUGUGCACGGUUCUGGCUCACUACGCCCUGCUCUGCUCCAAGCACGGCGUUGACAUUAAUUUCCGAGCGCACGUCUCUGAAUGCGGAGUGGUUUGUCUCGGAGGGAUGCUGUACCACUCUUGUGUGUCGUCCUGCGGGCGGUCCUGUCGAGCUGUGUCCAGCGUAGAGAUGUGUCACCCCGACGACUGCGCUGAGGGGUGUGGCUGUCCUGACGGCAGUUACUAUGACGACGUGCGUCAGCGAUGCGUGCGCCUGGCCCAGUGCCACUGCUACUCCAUGGCUGGUGUUUCUCAACCAGGCGAGGUCGUCUUCAGCGCCACUGGACCCUGCCUGUGCAGGAAUGGGAAGCUGGAGUGUGUGCCAGAGGAAAAAGAGCCAGACAGCCCAGAGAUCGGGCAGUGCCCCACGGGUAAAGUCUACCACAGUUGCGCCGAACAGAGAGGCGGCGCGGCCUGCGCACCGACGUGCCGCAACCUAAUGUUGAAUGUCACCUGCCCGCCCAACACGCCUUGCAUCCCGGGCUGCAUCUGCCCUCCUGGGCUAGUGCUGCACCGUGGGGAGUGUUACUAUCCCGAGAACUGCCCUUGUGUCUGGCUUGGCCUGGAGUACCUCCCUGGAGAAACUGUGGAAACGUCCUGUUAUAAAUGCGUGUGUCACCGUGGCUAUUUUAACUGUAGUUAUUCACCGUGUCCAGCUGUGUGUACCGUCCACAGCGAUAGACAUUACCACACCUUCGACGGCCUGGAGUACGACUACCACUCGGACUGUCAGGUCCACCUGCUCAAAAGUUCAGGAGAAACUGAAGUAUCCAUUGUUGCCCAAAAUAAGGACUGCUAUGAGAGUGGCAUUGUGUGCAUGAAAACACUGGUCAUACAUGUGGGACUUACCAAGAUCUACUUCACGGACAACUCUGGCAAUCCUAGCCCAUCCACUGUGGUGGGUCGAGAGUCGGUGUUCAAUCUGUGGAAAGCCGGCUUCUACACCGUGGUCCACUUCCCCGAUCAGGACUUGACCAUCCUCUGGGACCGUAAGACAACGGUGCACAUCAGAGCCGGGCCUCGGUGGAAGGGUCUUCUCAGCGGACUUUGUGGAAAUUUCGAUGGCGUGACUGUUAACGACAUGACCACGUCCAGCCACAUGGAGGUUAACAACGCGCAGAGCUUUGGCGAUAGCUGGGCGCUGGGACAGUGCCAAAGUGACUACGUUGUAGAGCGACCGUGCGAAGCUGACUUGGGGAGACAGCCGUACGCCAAGAGGGAAUGCGCGCUCCUCUACAGCGAGGUUUUUGCAUCAUGUCAUAAUGUGGUGGAUGUGUCCUGGUUCUACAGAAAUUGCCUAACUGACACUUGCAACUGCGACCGGGGGGGCGACUGCGAGUGUCUGUGCACAUCCAUCGCCGCCUAUGCCCACAAAUGUUGCCAGCACGGCAUCGCCAUACACUGGAGGUCGCCCUCUGUGUGUCCCCAGGAUUGUGAAUACUACAACCAAGCUCUUGGCGACGGCCCGUAUUCCUUAGUGAGCGCUGUCCACAAUAACACAAUGAUUGGAGUGAAUCGCACCAGUGGAUCAGUGUUUCCUUUGGUGAGAGACGCGUCAGGCCAUUCGCCCGCCCGGGGCCUCCUCUUCAACUUUAUGGUCACAGCAGGCCUGCACAGGAAUAGGACGUCACGCGUCCCUGUGGUGUCACUAGAGUCAGCGGAGAGACCCAAUUUCUUCAUUGUGGUGUCGGGGAAACGAUGUGUCCAGCUGGAGCGCUGGAGUCGAGGGGAAGAUUUCAGACGGCGGGCGACAUUCAUCCAGCAUCAGGGGCUGUUUCUCCCCGGUCACACCUCGUUUGAACUCGCCAACCAACCGGGGAUCUUUCUGACCCUGACACGCACCGCCGCUCGAGCUCUGAGAUAUGACACCUCUGGCGCUUUCAAAGCCAGCAGCAGCUUCAUACUCGAAGAGACUCAUUUUGUCAUCCCCUACCGGAUGAUGUGUGAGUGGCGCUAUCUAGCCUGCGCCAGCCCUUGCGUGCGCACUUGCACUGACCCAGAUGCUACACGCUGCAACUUUCUGCCUCUGGUUGAGGGCUGUUUCCCACGAUGUCCCAAGAACAUGGUCCUCGAUGAAGUCACGAGCAGAUGCGUCUACUUGGAGGAUUGCGUGACUCUUCCCCCGACUCCCACCCCCUUUGCGUUUGUGACACGGCCCGACGUAACGACAACAUCGCCACCGGCAACACUUUCAACAACGAGGCGUACGACAACCACAACGAGCACCACUCGGGUCCUCACAACAUCUUCAACCACCAUCAGGCCGUCCACCGUCGCCACUACUUUCAGUCCAUCUCCGCCAGGGAUCCCCAGCACUACAACCCCCCUCACACCAACUCAAACACCCUCAACUGCUCCCACAUCGCCCCUCAUUUCAACUCCUCCAGCUACUCCCACCGCUAGCGUUACGGCGCCAUCAACCUCGGUGACGCCACCUUCUGUCAUCUCCCCUGGAACUAGUGCCAUGACCACAUCUACUCCUCCUCAAACUCAGCCCACCGAGGCAACCUCCAUGCCAAGUGGCACCGAGCCAGUGACUGCAGAAGUAUCGACAAGUCAAGAUACCUUCCAGACAGAAGAGGAGGCGUUGACCACCUCUCCAUUCUUAAUGCCCACAACACCCUGUACUCCUCCAUACGUCCACCGUAUCAACGAGUGCGCGGAGCUCAUUUGUUUCAACGGGCAGCUGCUGCUUUACAACGCAUCCCUGCAUUGCCGCUCCAACACCACCCGACCUCGAUGCAGCCUGCUAGGCCUGCCUGUCCUCAUCAACACGGACCCCUGCUGCCCACAGUGGCGUUGCCCUUGUCGUUGCUCUGUGAUGUCUGACCUGCGCCUGAUCACGUUCGAUGGCAAUAAUGUGGCCUUGUAUGAUAACGGCUCCUACAUCCUGGUUAAGCUGCCGGGAGAAACCAUUAUUGGCACGGUAGAGAAAUGUCCAACCAGCCAGAGCGCCAACUCAAUCAGAAGACCUAGUCCAACAGGUGGAACAUCUGGUCUGUGUUUGAAGAAAUUAAAUAUCACAACCUCUACUGACCGUAUUAUUCUCAAUCGACUGGAUCGAAAGGUGACCGUGAACUACAGGCCCACCAGGCUGCCAUUUUCACUCCACUCUCUUCACGUGGAAGACACUGGCACUAUGUAUCUUAUCAAAACACCUGGCCACAUCAGCAUUCAGUGGUAUCACAGCACAGGGAUCAUAGUGAUGCAGUACACCAUCCCAAACGCAGCAUCUGUCCCAACUCGAGGUCUUUGCGGUUGCUGCGACGGCAACCCGGAGAAUGACCUGAAGUUGCCCAAUGGCACGGUGGUGAGAGAGGUGGGAGACAUGAUGCUCCUCCUGCAGGCUUGGAGGCUCCCCGUGCCCGACGAAAGCGAGCACACUCGCAGGGUCGGCGACAACUGCACCAUCGGGGACUGCUCCAGCUGUCUCUCCAUGCUCCAUCAGAGAGCAUUUACACCGUGCCAUAACAAGGUGCCCCCGGAUCACUUCUGUGACAUCAUGUGGGCGGGCGACCUGCACUACAAGGACCACCAGUGUGACUUCCUGGCGGCGUACGUGGCUGUCUGCUACACACACCAAGUGUGUGUCAGCUGGAGACGACACCAUUUCUGCCCUCUGCGGUGCCCACCCGGUAAGGAGUACCGUCCUUGCGUGAACACCUGCGCCAGCAUCACCUGUCUGAACAAGGACUACUACGAAGAGACAGCUUGCCCCUUUGUCCGGGAGGAGUGUGUUUGCCGGAGCGGGACCCUCUUGCAUCGAGCCGAUUCCCCGCACUGCGUGACUGAGGAUCGCUGCGCAUGCACUGACAACGAAGGCAGGCCCCGGGCCCCGGGCGAGGUUUGGAACGGCUCCGCUCAAGGCUGCUGCCUGUACAAGUGCAUGGAGAACGGCUCCGUGCUGGCCGUGGAGCCCGACUGUGGCUUUGUCCCAACGCCAAUGUGCGAGAGGCAGGGAGAGUACGUGCUGGAUGUGCUGGAGGAAGGCGCCUGCUGUCCCAAGAAGAUCUGCGAUUGCAACAUGACCAUGUGUGACAACGAAGCGCCGGCUUGUGUCGACGGCGACCGACUGGUGAUCGGUUACAGCGCCCUCUCCUGUUGCCCGGAGUACAGAUGCGAGUGUGACCCUGCAGCGUGUUCACCCGCCCUUUCCCCUGACUGUAGGGAAGAUCAGUUUUCAGUGGAGAUACGAGAGGAGAAACUAUGCUGCUAUUCUUUCCUCUGUGUGUGUAACCCAUGCUUGGAACCUGCGCCAGCCUGCUCGCAUGGAGAAAUCCUGGCUGUGGAUCUGAACACCACCCACAGCUGCUGUCCACAAUACCUUUGUGUGUGUGAUGUGAACAAGUGCCCCAAAUUAUCCACGAGCUGUGCACCGAGUCUUACUUUGGUCGAAACUACUCCUCCAGGCUAUUGCUGUCCGCAGCAACGCUGUGAAUGUCAAUGUGAGGACAGUGCUCUCCAAGUGUGCCAGCUUGGGGAGGUUCUAUUCGAGGUCCCGGAUCUUAGCAGCGGCGACUGUAGCUGUCCUCGACACACGUGCCAGAAAGCGGAAGUGUGUCUUUUCCAAGGGGUGACAGUGCUGGGACCCGGCCAGUCCCUUGUUCAAUACUUUGAGGCCUUGUGCUACACUGUCCAUUGCCUGCACCGCAGAGAUCCAAACACGGGCUUCUACGCCAUGGAAAUCACGUCGGUCAAUUGCUCCCAACAAUGUGAACCGAACCAAGUAUACGCAUCUUCCACCGACCCCCAAGUGUGCUGCGGCUCCUGUAAAAACGUCUCCUGCUUGUUCACCAAUGAAAAUGGAACGACAGAGAUUUUUGCCGCGGGGAGCUCCUGGGUAGAGAACUGCACUCGUUACGACUGCUUGGAAACGGCGGUGGGAACCGUGGCGCUGGCCUCCAGCGUGGUUUGCCCACCUUUCAAUGACACAGAGUGCAUUCAGAGUGGCGGUGUGGUACAGAGCUAUGUGGACGGCUGCUGCAGGACAUGUGCUGGAGCGGGUAUUUUACCCCUUACCUUUAAUCCCGUAACCCCCACUGGUAGUACUAACUGUGACACAGGCAAAGAGGAUGGAAAGACAUGCAAGCGAGUGGCCAUCCGGACCACCAUACGUAAAGAUGACUGCAGGAGCAACACACCUGUGACGGUCUUCUCCUGUGACGGCAAAUGCCCGUCGGCCACCAUCUUCAACUUCAACAUCAACACUCACGCCAGGUUCUGCAAGUGCUGCCGCGAGAACGGACUGCAAUCCCGCUCGGUGGCGCUUUACUGCACACGUAACGCCACCAGUGUGGAGUACCGCUUUCAAGAGCCCCUGGACUGUACCUGUCAGUGGAACUGAAUGAAAGGCUCUGAGAUUUGUGAUGCGUCUAUGAUGUAAUACAUGGAAGGUACCGUUUUUAACUUUUGUACAGCGCUUAAAGAUGAAGGUGGCACAAGGUCAUUUUUAAAUUUAAGUUUUAAGACAUAACAUUUUUUUUUAAGACAUGUCAAACAUUUUUUGGGGGUUAUUUUGGGGUAUAAAUCAUGGAAACCUAUUUUGUAGAGCGUUCAGUUGGCCUGGCGCGAUUUGCUUAUAUAACCCUCAUGUCAGUUGAGCACAUUUGCUUAUUUAAUAAUAUGCCCCAAAAAUAGUAUAGACCAUGUUGACGAUUUACUUCACAUUGGCAGAUAUUCUAUAUACACCGAUGACCCAACCAUGGCACUUUUUUCAAAUGUGCCACUUGAUAGCAAAACAUCAUUUGAACUAUGCAGGAUAAAUCUAACAUAAAAGCCUCAUUUGUUACAUUUUGCUGCAUAUUUUUGAAGACCUUAAGUCUUUUUUGGGCAAAGAAACUGAUUCACCAUGUGUAAGAGGUUAUUUCCUUUGUGAGAGUCACUUUUCCACCCCCUAACUUCUCAUUAAGCUCGCUUCUCUGCGGGGCUUCGACAGUUUAGUACACCACACACCAUAAGAGCUUGUCAAUGUUUGUGUAGUGUCUGAAACGAUUAAAAAAACAUUCAUGGUGCAAAGGUUUUGAAAGGAUUUCUCUCAUGUUUUUAUAUCACAAAAAUCUGGCAUUUGAACAGAGGUGUGUUGACUUUUUAU